AUAUCUUAUACAAUGAAAUCGUGAAUAUGUUAGAAUACAUCACUCGAAUUUAUGAAACUAGUUUCGUAAAUUGUACUACAUAAGAUCUAGAAAUAUCAUAAAACUAAAAUUUAUAACAUUAGAAAUUAAGAAAUAAUAAUAAUAUUUUACGCAAUACUUAUUAUUAUAGUACUUAGUAACUUUGAAUUUUUAAGUUCGUAUACCAAGUCGGAGCAACAUUUCGAUAUAUCGAUGGAAGUUUAUAAGUGUUUUAAGUGAAAUAAAAAAUGGUAAAUGAAGAAGUAGUGGAAUUUAAUAAGAAAUCACAACCAGUUUACAAGAAUCCAAUUUUUCAACAGAAAUUUCGAUCUACUAGUACCACUGGAAAGAAACGGACUUGGCGCUCAUUAAAACAAGUGCUGGCUCAAGAACGCACUUUACCAUGGCCUGUAGAAGUAGUGCAUUAUAGUUCUAUUAAUGCACCGCCAAGCUUCAGGCCAGCAAAGAAAUAUUCUGACAUUUCUGGGUUACCCGCACGAUAUACAGAUCCACAAACUAAAUUAUACUAUGCAACGGCAGAAGAAUUUGCAACAGUCCGAAGUCUACCAAUGGAUAUAACUGCUGGAUAUUUAGCAUUGCGCGGCGCUUCCAGUAUCGUUGGAUAAAUGAAAGGAGAAUUUUAUUUUCUAUGAUUCCCUUAUAUUUAAAUAGUAUAGAACACAGAUAUUUUAUUUUGUAAUUGUUAUGGUACUUAUUAAAGAAUAAUGAAAAAUUAAGUAUAAUUCUGCAAAUUAAACAUGUUGCUGUAAAUGUAAACAAAAAUAUAUCGAGCUUAUAAAGAGACAAAAUAAAGCUGUUUGCACUAA